GUUAACGUUAUUAUACUACAAAAGAGCUUCAUUGGGUAAUUGCAAAUUCAAUGAAUGAUACAUUUUCUGUGUGCAAUUUAUUUCUAUAUAAUUUUCGUCUCUUUUACACUUGUUACUAAAAUGUAAUUCUUACUACAUUAAUUUUUUGAUUUUAUUUGAAUUUUAUUUAAAGUGCCUUUUAAGUGAAAAUUAAGUUCAAUACUUAAAAUAAGAAGUUCCCUAAAUUAUAUUACAUUCAUCUGUUAACUGAGUAUAUACGAUGUGCAUACUACAUAAAAAUAAAUUGUUCACGAUUAACCAUUAUUCUUUUGAAUUUAUAUUGUACAAUUUACAUUAUCCUCUUCGUAUUUACCUUCUUGCCCGAUAGCUUAAUCGCUCAGAACCAAUAAAAAAACAAAAGCUUAAGUAUUUAAAUGCAUUUACCCAAAUACAAAUUUGGAUUGGAAAUUGAUAAUUAAAACCAUGUUAUUUAUUAACAGAAAAAUACUAAUUUACGUAAUAUUUUUUAGAUAUUUUAUGUAAAUUGAAAAUGAUGUAAAAGGUUAUGUUUGCUUGUAAACAUCGUGUAUAUACAUAAGCACAUAUUCCGUCAGGAGGAUAAUAUAAAUAAUAUAGUUUAAAAAAUAUAUCAAUAAAUCUUAUAUAAAAAUGAACGACAGUAAACAAAAUUCACACGAUGAAGUUCCAGAAAUCGUAAAAAAUGCUGUAUUGGUAAACAGUUCUCCCAUUCCAGUUGAAACACCUAUUGUGGAAGGGUAUGAUUGGAACAAGGGAAUUGACUAUCAUGCUUUAUUUAAAACAUAUAAAAAUUCUGGCUUUCAAGCAACAAACUUUGGUUUAGCAGUGAAUGAAAUUCAGCAAAUGAUAAAUGCUAGAAACAUUCCUCUUAAAGAUGACCAAAUUGAUAGUUUGGAAGAAGAUAAGUUUAUUGAAAGAAAAUCUUCAUGCACAAUAUUCCUAGGAUAUACAUCAAAUAUGGCUUCAUGUGGAAUUCGGGAUACUAUAAGGUUUCUUGUGCAACAUAAAAUGGUUGACUGUAUUGUAACUACAGCAGGUGGUGUAGAGGAAGAUUUCAUAAAAUGCUUAGCACCAACAUACAUAGGAGAUUUCCAUUUAGAAGGAAGAAGUCUUAGGGAACGUGGUAUUAAUAGAAUAGGAAAUUUGUUAGUACCUAAUAAUAAUUACUGUCUAUUUGAAGAUUGGGUUAUGCCUAUAUUAGACACAAUGUUGGCUGAACAGAAAGAAAGAGGUACGAUUUGGACACCAUCUAAAGUAAUAGCAAGACUUGGUGUAGAAAUUAAUAAUGAAGAUUCAAUAUAUUAUUGGGCUGCAAAAAAUAAUAUUCCUGUGUUUAGUCCUGCUCUGACAGAUGGCAGCCUUGGUGAUAUGAUGUAUUUCCAUUCCUUUAGGAAUCCAGGUCUAAUUGUUGACAUAGUAUCAGAUCUUAGACGGUUAAAUACAAUGGCUAUGAAAGCAAUAAAUAGUGGCAUGAUCAUUAUAGGAGGUGGUGUUGUAAAACAUCACAUAUGCAAUGCAAAUCUCAUGAGAAAUGGUGCUGACUAUGCAGUAUUUAUAAAUACAUCUUCAGAAUUUGAUGGCAGUGAUAGUGGUGCUCGUCCAGAUGAAGCUGUUUCAUGGGGUAAAAUUCGAAUGGAUGCGAAACCAGUUAAAAUUUAUGCAGAAGCAUCACUGGUAUUUCCACUACUUGUUGGAGAAACUUUUGCUCGACAAUAUCACUCAACAAGAGAAAAAAUUGUUUCAGAUGUUUAAGAAAAACUUAAUAGAAACAUUUAAACCAAAAAUAAAAGCAUUUCUAUCUUUCUUUUCUAUACAAGUAAUAUUCGAAAAAAUGUUUUUCUGAUUUUUCUAAUUCUUUUUUUACUUUGAUUUUGUUGGAAACCAAAUUGAUUAACAUAGUAUAAGCCAUGUGUUAAACAAAAAGAGGGAAAUCAACUAGGAGAGAGAACAUGAUCUCAGAGUGUGUUCAGAGGAAGUGUGUGAACAACGUGCAACUAAGAAUGUGUAGAUUGUUAUUUCUAUUUACUAAGUACAUUUAUACCUUUUCUUACCUUUA